AUACCCAUGCAUGCAUGUUUGCUCGCAACGCGAGCAACUCGUCGACCCCUGUAUCCCCUCCCCAGGAGUCGUGGCAUGACACGGCUCGUCGCCCUGUAGACCUCUCACUCAGGUGUUGCCGCGACCCUAGGGGUCGGUCGGCACUACGCUCUCGGGGCGCAACAGCCGCUCAAAGCUCGACUACACUGACGAAGAGCCUCCUCCGUAGCUCCUCGAAUCCUGGCAUCAGCGUGGUUCUGCGAGAAACCGCCGAUUGCGGUGCAGCAUCGUACCAGUCCGACCGCACAGCUUUGAGUAAAAACAUCUUAGCACCCGCGCAGCUUGGAGUUGGGCCUUGAGGGGACGUAGCGGCUUCCUAUAGGGAUAUGUUGGAGGAAUUGCAACAGCCUUCUACGUUUAGUACAGUAGUUUCCAGAGCGGAAGGAGGGCGGACUGGUGUCGCUUUUCAUUUACCGAGCUUCUGGCACGAAACCGUCUCGACCUUCCCUAACCCGACCUGAAAUCCCCUUGUUUGCCGCACGUUGAUCCGCUCCUCUCGCUUUGUGUAUCACAUUCAAGAGAGCUGGUCGCGCCCCUCGCGCCGCAAUUCGCGGGGUGCAUACGACAUAGUAACUUUCUUGCCUUUCGCCAAGUCGUAUGCCCUCGCGCGCCGUUGCGCAUCGUCUUUAGGGGUUCAUUCCUACAAUCGGCUAGUUGCGUCGUUCCGUUCUGACGAGAUCAGACGUUUUUUGUUUUUUUCUGUCAAGUCGAAGGCUAAGCCGGUCAGGACACGCCACUUGGCGACUGGGAAACUCCGUGGAAGACUUUUGAGUUUCGAUUUGACCGCCGCCUCAAAAGCAGUGAAUCGUAUCUCGAUUUGACUUUCGAUUCGCACUACGUCACUUUCCAGUGAUCAGGGUUUAGGGAGCACUGGAUUGAGUUGAAACGGCCUUACUCAUACCUUAGAUCAAGUGAUCAGCAGUCAGCUAGCGUUGGGAGAUUGGACGCGCUCAAAUCGACGGCCUUUGAUAAAACUUCACAGUAAAUCACGACGGCAAAGGGCGCGCUUUUACGACGGUUUACGACGGCAAAUCACGACGUCAAAGUACUUUGCGCCCAGCGGUUUCGAAAGCAGUCCUCGCUGUAAGCAGAAUCUUUUCUACCCGAUGCCCUCGAUGGAAGUACACUGAUCGGGGGUAAUCGCCUCGUGAGAUCAGUAUCUAUUAAAUUUCACGGCUUGUGACUGCAGCGAGGUGACUAUAACGAGGUCAUCUCUAGGCAGGCGUAAUGGCCCCCUGCCGUGGCUUCAUGCACCGGCGCCGGGACUGGGAACGCUCCCUUAUUAGCCGACGCGCUUGGUGUAGCGGGACGGUUGCGCUCCUUGCGCUCAUCGCCGCUCUCUCCGCAACUUCCCCAGCAUCCGCGCAGUAUCUCUUCCCCGCCAUCCCCGCGCCCCCUCCCCCCAACGCGUCCGCUUCCGCAUCAUCCUUUCAGAACGCGGAACGCAAUACAAGGGCGGACAGCAAUGGGGCGGGUACUAACGAGGACGCGCUAGCAGUGGUGACUAUAGCGGGGCCCAGGCUAAGGGAGGUGCCUGGUAGGCAACAAGUGAAACCCGCUUCGCUAUCCGCUGCCACGUCAGCAGCUACAGCUACCGCUACAGCCGCCGCUGCUACAGUAGCGACGGACUCGUCUGGGUUACCGAGACGCAGUAGAGAGGAGCUCUAUAUCGUGUAUUUCAGAGACGUGCCGUCGGUGGUUGACUAUAAGGGGGGCAUCCCCGGGCUUGCCGCUACAGCCGCUCCCGCUACAGACGAUGGCCUCACUGCCGCCGCUGCUGCCGCCGCUACAGCUGGUACUGACGAUGCAGGUGCUGUCACCGCUACAGCCGCUACAGCCGGUUCAGAUGAUAUAGGUGCUACAGAUGAUGCUGAUGAUGGCGAUGGCAUGGAGGCUGGGUAUGAUGCCGAUGCUACAGGCGCCGCUUACGCUACAGAUGGUGGUACAGACGCAGUGGGAGCAGCAAGGGGAAGCGCGUCAGUAUCAGCAUCGGUUGCACCAGCAGCAGCAGGAGGCACAAGAGGAGCAUCAGGAGCAAGAGGAAUAGGAAGAGGCAGAGGCAGAGCGGCAGCGGCAGCAGCGGCGGUGCAGGCGAUGAGGGUGUUGGACGGGCCGAGGGGGAGAGGCAGGGUGGACGCGAGGGACGGCAACGUGAGGGCGUUCGCUCAGUUCCUGACGGGCGUGCAGCAGCACAUGCUGCAGACCGUCGGCAUUCCCAAGGGCAGGAUCGUCCACAGCUACCGCUACGUGCUGAACGCAGUGAGCGUGAGGCUCACCCGCCUCGAAGCACGUCGCGUCAAGCGCCACGUGUCAGUAUUGAAGGUGGAGCGCUGCCAAACGGUCACCGUGCAGACGAUCCACACGCCGCAGUUCCUGCAGCUGCCGUGGCGCGUGUGGCCGAGCCUGGGGGGCAGGAGCAAGGCGGGCAACGGCAUGAUCAUUGGGGUCGUGGACACAGGCAUCUGGCCCGAACACCCGAGCUUCAGUGAUAAGGGCUACUCACCAGUCCCCGCGCGCUGGCGUGGCACGUGCACCACCACGAGCGACUUCAAGAGCUGCAGCCGCAAGAUCAUCGGCGCACGCUACUUUGUUGAGGGCCUCUUGGCGUCAGACGGCGUUCUGGAUCCCUCGGUGGAGUACCUGUCCCCGCGAGACGCCAGCGAUCAUGGCACCUGGUGUGCUGGAGCUGCUGCUGGUAACCCAGUGAAGGUAUCUGGUGGUGGGACGGCCCAGUACGGCACGGCAAGUGGCAUGGCACCGAGAGCAAGGAUAGCCGUCUAUAAGGCCAUCUGGAUGCAGGGCAAGCUGGCCGUCGGAUCAGACUCGGAUGUGUUUGCAGCCGUUGAUCGUGCGGUGGCGGACGGCGUGGAUGUGCUGAGCAUGUCAGUGGCGAUCAACGAGGAGACGUACUUCAAGCAUCUGGCCAUGCUCAGAGCCGCAAGGGCAGGUGUCUUCGUCUCAUUGGUCGCUGGCAACAGCGGUCCCCCUCCCGGCAGCCGCGCAGCCUACCGCACCCUCACCAACCUUUCGCCCUACUACAUCACUGUUGCUGCCAGCACGUCCAACCAGGUGUGGCCGCCCCUGGCCAAGCUAGCCCUGGGCAACAGGCAGAGCUACGCCGGGCAGACUCUGCUCGGGGGGGAUGCCUCCACGCGCCGGCUGCCUCUGGUGGACGCCAAGACAGCUGCUGCUUCCGGGUUCACACCUAGCCAGGCUGAGGCCUGCAUCCCCUACUCGCUAUCGCCCUCCAAGGUGCGCGGCAAGAUAGUGGUCUGCUGCACGGGCUUCUCCUACGCGAGCGAGAAGGCAGUGGAGGUGGCGAGGGCGGGCGGGCGCGCACUCAUCAUAGUGCCGUACAGCAUGGGAGAGGGCGCCAUCAAAGCCACCGCCUUGGGAUUGCCGGGGCUGUUCCCUGAGUUCUGGAAGGGCAAGGCAAUCCGGGAGUACAUUCGCAGCACGCCCAACCCUAUAGCAACCCUCGCGCCGCUCUACCUCGCCAGGCAAAUCGCGCCCGAAAUGGCCAAUUUCUCAGGCACGGGCCCCGCCGUCAAUCCCGCGGCGGGGUUCUUCGACAGCACCAAGGUCACUAACGCCAUAUUAAAGCCCGACAUCACUGCCCCGGGGGUUUCGCUCCUCGGCCCCAUGGCCGCGGGAUCCACGGCGGAGGGAUCCUUCCGCGCGCUUUCCGGGACGUCUAUGGCGACCCCGCAUGUGGCGGGCGUCGCGCUUUUGAUUAUGCAGAAGUACCCGUCUUGGAGCCCCGCUGCCGUGAAAUCCGCGAUAUUAACGACGGCGUAUACGACAAAUACGGCGAGAGGAUAUAUCCGAACCGCGACGAGACGGGUAGCAUCGCCUUGGAAUUACGGAUCUGGCCAUAUUUAUCCCCCGAAGGCGCUCGAUCCGGGAUUGGUCUACGACGUGGGUAUGAUGGGAUACUUGUCCUUUCUGACAGGCGUCGACCGCGCGCAAACCAAGGCGGAGUUUCCGCAGUGGACCGUGGCACCGAUCCAGCCUUUCAAUCUCAAUCUACCGAAUAUCUGCGUGCCAAAGUUGCGGAGGGCCGUGACGGUGUAUCGAAUGGUGACUAAUGUGAGCGGGAAAAACUCGAGGUAUUCCGCGCAUGUGGUUGCUCCUGCUAAUGUCGCUGUGUGGGUGAGCCCGGCGAGCUUUGUGAUUGGUCCAAGCAAGUCCCAGACUUUUAGUGUUACCCUACGGCCGAAAGCUGCGACAGGGGUGUUUUCGUUUGGAAGUCUGACGUGGACGGAUGGGGUGCAUUUGGUGAGAUCUGUGUUGGCGGUACAACCAAUCGCGGUGUAGCUAUCGGAGCAUGCCUACUUGGCGGAAUGGAUUUGUUAUGGAAUAAAACAUUUUUUUAGUCCAUGUUGUUGCCCUUAGGAUCUUUCCAGAGACUAAGUCCCACUUGUACAAGGUGUUUGAGUAGUGCAGCGGAAGUGUUGAGUAGUUGAACCCUUGCACUAGUAUGUGAGAGCAAGUGAUUGAUUAAAAG